AUGAAUCCUCCAGUAAAGCCAAUCGACAGCUGGUCAAGAGGAAUCCGUUGUCGUCGUCUGGUGGAGCCGAACUUCGAAUCUCUUCACGCAACGCAUUCAAUCGAAAUGGAAGUAAGCUCAACAAGGAUGCUUUCAAAAUUGCGACUCUGGCCCAACGAUGAUCUUAUAGGCAUCUUAUACUUUGACAUCCGCUAUGCUGCAGUACCGAACUCGGCAGACCCUGCUUAA